GUGGCGCAAUAUGCGCGGUAAUGAGGCUGGCGCAGGAGGGCGCAGGAUCAGGUCGCGUCGCGGUUGGUCGUAGUUCGUCGAGCGCGUUCGCGGGAUUCGAGUGCGCGAGCUUGUGCGAACCGGAUAGACGCGCGAUGAGAAUGGGAUUGCGAUGGUACGACAAUGAAUCGCGUUGCGUAUCGCGAUCGCGGUCGACCGCGUAGCUGCUCGAGUGCGAUUAUAGAGCCGGAGGUGGACUUGACCGGCGCGAACACAGCGUCGAGGCGUUGCCACCUCGCUCUCUGACGAAUCGUGGGACGAAUCGUCGUCCUUCCGGUGAGAAAGAGAGGGCAGGAGGGAGGGAGAGAGAGAGAGAGAGAGAGAAAGAAAGAAAUAGGGAGCUGCUCCUCUUCUUCCUCUCCUCGCCGGAGAACAAGACGCGAGGAGACCUCCGUCGCGCGAGCUGCUUUUUUUGGCGAGCAUCGCCGAAAUGAGCCAGACUAGCCGCGGGCGAGCGAAUCGCAUCACCAAUCGUACGAACGGCCCCGUCAGCUGAUCGUUUAUCGCACAACGAAAUGUGAGGUAGCGAGCAUUGCUUACCUACCUACCUACCUAUCUAUCUAUUACCUACCUACCUACCUACCUACCUACCUACCUGUCUAUCUACCUACCUACCUAUCUACUUACUUAUCUAUCCACCUAUCUAUCUAUUACUUAACUAUCCAACUACCUAACAUCGAGCAAGAAGCGUGCCGCUUCGCGCAUCGCGGCUUCAAUUCACCGCGCGGCCAGCCAUCCCCCUCGCGUGCAAAUUGAGACUAAGCGUGAUCUCGCGCGCGCGCGAAGUGCGGGAAGAGCGGGGCACUUAGCCGGGGCACUGGCCGGUAUAGAGUUUACAUGGGAACAUGGGGAACAAGAAUAGCUGUUGCGUCUACUCCAGUCCACAGGUUGGUCGCAAGGAGGUCGGGCCUGAGUGCGCCACGCGUAACCUGGAGGAACACCUGCCGGAAGGCGGGAUUAGCGUUAAUAAUUUGCAACAUAUCAGUGAACGUGAACCGGAGGACUGGGACUCGGAUCCGUCGUUACACCCGUGCGCGGGAACUAUAUUUAUGGAGCGUUCCAAACAAGCUAUUGAAAAUGGCAUGGUAAGGAAGAAGAGUCAACAUCAAAUAGCAGACACAAGGCCUUUGAAGAAGAGUAGCAGCUGCAGUACAAUAUACCUAGAUGACAGCACGGUUUCACAACCUAACUUAAAAAAUACCGUCAAAUGCGUUGCCUUAGCCGUUUAUUAUCAUAUUAAGAAUAGAACUUCGCAGCGACAGAUUGAUAUAUUUGAUGAGAAACUACAUCCAUUAACGAGGGAUGGUGUUUCAGAGGAUUACGACAAGCAUAAUCCAGAGCAUAAGCAGAUAUAUAAAUUUAUAAGGACUUUGUUUAACGCCGCUCAGCUCACUGCUGAAUGUGCCAUCAUAACGUUGGUUUAUCUCGAACGCCUACUUACUUAUGCGGAGAUCGACAUAACACCCGCUAACUGGAAACGUAUAGUAUUGGGAGCUAUUCUAUUAGCAUCUAAAGUCUGGGACGAUCAGGCAGUGUGGAAUGUGGAUUACUGUCAAAUUUUAAAGGAUAUCACAGUGGAAGAUAUGAACGAAUUAGAGAGACAAUUCUUGGAGAUGUUGCAAUUCAACAUAAAUGUUCCUUCGAGUGUAUAUGCCAAAUAUUACUUCGAUCUUCGUACACUUGCGGAAGCGAACGAAUUAACAUUCCCUAGCGAACCGCUUAGUAAGGAAAAGGCGCAAAAGCUAGAAGCUAUGUCCAGAGUUUAUGAAGAUAAGGUCACAGCCGAAGCCUUACGUACCGGUAUUAAAAAGUGGUCCAGCUUAGACAAUGUAUGCAUAGGCGGACCUAGACGUAGCAUCGCUAUUUUAUCUUAAACAUAUAUGUAUGGAUAUAGGUGGAUAUAAACACAGACAGCAGUGAUUACUGCUCAGAUUUUAAAUGGAGGUACGUGAAUUUUUAUAGAGACAUUAUUGUUACCGAUCAAUUUUAAUGAUUCUUUUUCAAAGAGAUUACGUUUGGAUGUACCGAACAUUUGUGUUAUACCUCUGUUUAAUUAUUGCGGAAUAUUUGAUGUAUUAUAUACAUCUUGAAAAACUGUUUUUAUAUAUAAAUAUAUGUAUAUUGUCCAAGCUAGAUUAAAAAUAUCGCAUAUAUCAAUGUAUAUGUAUACAAUUAAGUUGUAUAAUGAAAGAACUUCCAUCACGAGUAUGGUUUGCAAUAACAAUUUUAACUGUAAUUAUUAUACAUAUACACUAAAAUUUCGACAGUUCAUUAGACAAUUCGUCUGAUGCAUUAUUCUUGUUAUUUGCAUUCAAGAAUCAUGAGUCAAUUCCGAUAAAAAGUAAUUUCAAUUUUGGCCUUCUUUAUGGAGCAAUUAUCAACUGCUUUGAUUAAUCAUUUGUUACUAAUUACGGACAUCUAUAAAUAUUAAUCUUAUUUGUCAAUAAAUAUAAAUAUAAUUCUGUUGAUUGUGCAAAGAUUCCUACUAUCUGGGACCUUAUAAUGUGGAUAUAACGAAGAAUGUGAGGCGUAUUGACGAAACAAAGGAUGAGA